AUGAGUAAAGAGGAGUUCUUGAAGAUUCAGACUUGUGUUCUUAAAGUCAAUAUACACUGUGAUGGCUGUAAGCAAAAAGUGAAGAAAACUUUGCAGAAGAUUGAUGGGGUUUAUACCACAAAGAUAGAUUCAGAGCAGGGGAAGGUCACAGUAUCAGGAAAUGUUGACCCAGCCACACUUGUCAAGAAGCUUAAUAAGAGUGGGAAACAUGCAGAGAUAUGGGGUGCACCCAAGCCGAACAACAAUAAUCAGAAUCAGUCCAAGAACAUGCAAAUUGACAAUGGGAAAGGAGGAAAUAACAAGGGGCAGGGUCAAAAGGGUGGUGGUAACCAGCCAAAGGGUGGUCAAAAUCCACAGCUUCAGCAACUUCAGCAGCUUCCACAAAUGAAAGGAUUGCCAGAUCUGAAAAUGCUCCCUAAUUUUAUGAAGGAUAUGAACAUUCCCCUCAAUAACAAGGACCAGAAUCCUAAAUCUGUCAAGUUUAACUUGCCUGAGGAUGAAGGCUUGACUGAUGAUGAGUAUGAUGAUGAGUAUGACGAUGAUGAAUUUGAUGAGUUUGAUGAUGAAAUUAAUGAGCCUGUGAAGAAGCCCAUCAUGGGCAAUGGUCAUGGGGGUGCCCAGAUGCCUAACAUGAUGAAUAUGAUGGGUGGUGCUCCCAAUGCUGGUAAUAAUGGUGGGAAUGGCAAAAAGGGCGGCGGCGGUGGAGGAAAUAUACCGGUUCUCAUGAACAUGGGUGGGGGUAACCAGAAUCAAGGCGGCGGAAAAGGAGGCAAGAAUGGUGGUGGUAACCAAAAUCAAGGUGGUGGGAAGGGUGCCAAGAAUGGUGGUGGGCAACCUAAUGGAGGCGGAGGAAAUGGUGGCCAAAACAAGAAUGGUAAUAAUGGUGCUGGUGCUGCCAACGGUAACAAUAUUAAUGCUAAUGGGCCCCAAAAAGGUGGAAUGAAUAAUGGUGUUCAUGGCAUGCCUAACAUGAUGGCUAUGAAUGCCGCUGGCAGUGUGGGCCAGAUGGGUAAUCUCCCAAUGGGCCAAAUGGGUAAUUUAUCAGCCGUCCCAGGCCUACCUGCCCCGAUGAAUGGUGGUGGUGGAGGAGCUGGUGCUGCUGCUGCUGCAUACUUCCAAGGUGCUGGCCCCGAGAUGAUGGCCGGCAACCCUCAGUACCAGCAACAAUUGGCAGCAAUGAUGAUGAACCAGCAACGUGCCAACGGGAACGAGAGGUUUCAACCAAUGAUGUAUGCCCGUCCUCCACCUGCAGUCAAUUACAUGCCUCCAUAUCAACCUUAUCCGUACCCCCCUCCCCCAGGCGACCGUGCUGAUCAAUACUCAAUGUUCAACGAUGAAAACACAUCAAGCUGCAAUGUGAUGUGA